AUGGCAACCCAACUGACUGUGAUCCUGCUGGUGGGCCUGAUCUUAUCAGUGUUGGCUAUCAAUGGGUGCCCGCAAAAUGACGAUCUUCUCACCGCAAUCAAAGAGAUGCAGAGGGCUGACUAUUUCACCUUUGUGACGCUGAUUAAUAUGCUGCAGGACAGAAUACCGGCAAAUGUCACCUUCCUGAUGCCCCACGAUCGGCUGCUGUCGAAGGUAGCAGUGCCCGAGAAUGGAGUUCUUGACUUCCUGUCACAGCAUUCCAUCCCUUCGCCGCUGCUCUUUGAUCACCUUGAGCAUUUCCCAACCGGAUCCAUAAUUCCUACUCGGAAGCCAGGUUUCAUGCUCAGAAUCUCUAACAAUGGCAGGAGAAGCUUUUACCUCAACAAUGUACGGAUUAUCAGCCCAAACAUCUGCAUGAAGGGAUCUACGAUCAGAUGUCAUGGCAUAAAUGGGGUGCUGGGGACGGCAGUGCCUAAAAAUAACAGAACCAUUCAAUCACCCACCUGCUUUUCUUCAAGUCCUCAAAUUGCCGCUGCGCCAGAAGCUCCCUCACAAGAUUUUCCAACUCCGCCGGGUCCCCUAAAUCUGACGCCUGUAGUUACCCCACCACCAGUUGAUUUAAAUCCAAGGCCACAAAAAUCUGGUUCGACUGCUCUGCUUCAUGGAGGACUAUUCAGCACAAUAGCAUCCUGUUUGAUACUGUCAUUGGUAGAAUUUCAGAUUUAGCAGAGUGCAGAUCUCCAAAGCGUGGCAAUAAUCUGCUGUAGCUGUUUGCAUGUAUCCCAGUUGUCUGGUCGAAUUGAGGCCUGGAGACUACAUGGUUGACCAUUAUCAUUUGCAUCUCAGUCUGUCAAACUAGAUCAGGAUAUCAGUUCACAAAACUAGCAUUGCCCUAGCUUGGAGCUAUAAAGCCACCCAUUAAAUCUACAACUUAUAUUUAGUAAUCAUUACUCUAGGUGGAAAAUCAUGCUCUAGAAAUUGUAAUAACAAAACUGGAAAAUUCUGAACAGUUUCUGUACCUGAUUAUUCAACAAGAUCACAGCAUAAUGCAAGAAAAUCCCAUGCCCUGA